CAGACUAACUACUGACUUGACUUCAUGAGCACAAGUCCCUGGUGCUGCUGAGCUUCCCAGCCCCUGCUCUCCACCAUGGACCAGGACUACGAGCGGCGUCUCCUCCGCCAGAUCAACAUCCAGAAUGAGAACACCAUGCCUUGUGUAGCAGAGAUGAGAAGGACCCUGACCCCUUCCAAUUCUCCGAUGUCUUCUCCUAGUAAGCAUGGUGACAGAUUCAUCCCCUCAAGAGCUGGGGCCAACUGGAGCAUCAACUUCCACAGAAUAAAUGAAAAUGAAAAAUCACCAAGUCAAAACAGGAAAGCAAAGGAUGCGACGUCAGACAAUGGCAAAGAUGGCCUUGCUUACUCUGCCUUGCUGAAGAAUGAGCUCUUAGGAGCAGGGAUUGAGAAGGUGCAAGACCCACAGACAGAGGACAGGAGGCUGCAGCCAUCCACCCCAGAGAAGAAGUCUCUCUUCACUUACUCACUCAGCACAAAACGCUCGAGUCCAGAUGAUGGCAACGAGGUCUCACCAUAUUCCCUGUCUCCUGUGAGCAACAAGAGUCAGAAGCUGCUAAGAUCACCUCGAAAACCAACUCGGAAAAUCUCAAAGAUUCCUUUCAAAGUGCUGGAUGCCCCAGAGCUGCAGGAUGAUUUCUACCUGAACCUGGUGGACUGGUCCUCUCUGAACGUCCUCAGUGUUGGCCUCGGGACUUGUGUUUACCUGUGGAGUGCUUGUACCAGCCAGGUAACCCGACUGUGUGAUCUCUCUGUGGAAGGAGACUCUGUCACAUCCGUGGGCUGGUCAGAAAGGGGGAACUUGGUAGCUGUUGGCACUCACAAGGGCUUUGUGCAGAUCUGGGAUGCAGCUGCAGGAAAAAAGCUCUCCAUGCUAGAGGGGCACACGGCCAGAGUCGGUGCCCUGGCGUGGAACGCGGACCAGCUCUCCUCGGGGAGCAGGGACAGGAUGAUCCUGCAGAGGGACAUUCGCACCCCCCCCCUGCAGUCGGAGCGGCGGCUCCAGGGCCACAGGCAGGAGGUCUGUGGGCUCAAGUGGUCUACAGACCACCAGCUCCUGGCCUCUGGAGGAAAUGAUAACAAGCUCCUGGUGUGGAACCACUCCAGCCUGAGCCCCGUGCAGCAGUACACGGAGCACCUGGCAGCAGUCAAGGCCAUCGCCUGGUCCCCACACCAGCACGGGCUGCUGGCCUCGGGCGGCGGCACCGCCGACCGCUGCAUCCGCUUCUGGAACACGCUGACGGGGCAGCCCCUGCAGUGCAUCGACACGGGCUCCCAGGUCUGCAACCUGGCCUGGUCCAAGCACGCCAACGAGCUGGUGAGCACCCACGGCUACUCGCAGAACCAGAUCCUCGUCUGGAAGUACCCCUCCUUAACUCAAGUAGCCAAGCUAACGGGGCACUCCUACCGAGUCCUGUAUCUGGCGAUGUCCCCUGAUGGGGAGGCCAUAGUGACAGGAGCUGGGGACGAAACCUUGCGCUUCUGGAACGUUUUCAGUAAAACUCGCUCCACCAAGGAGUCCGUAUCCGUCCUCAACCUCUUCACCAGGAUACGAUAG